UUCUCCUCUGACUCCGCCCCGCAUCUGUCCGGAACCGCCUCCCGCCUGAGCUGACCCAGUGCGUGUCUGCUAGUCAGUCCCUCCGGACCUGCCGCGAGUCUCAGACUGCUGAAAUUACCGCGCGUCACUCGCCUCAACAGUGAUUCUGAGUCUGCUUUUAGCUUCCUUCUCCUUGGCUUUCUUCUGUUUGUGAACAGCUGCUUGGCCCAUAGCUUAGAGAAUUCAGCCUUCUUUUCUCUCCCAAGAGAGCCACCUCCCUGUACUCAGAAAGAUGGGGAGUGGAGAGCCUAAUCCUGCUGGCAAGAAAAAGAAGUACCUAAAGGCUGCCCUGUACGUGGGUGACUUGGACCCAGAUGUCACAGAGGACAUGCUUUAUAAAAAGUUCAGGCCUGCUGGCCCUCUGCGCUUCACCCGAAUCUGCCGUGACCCUGUCACCCGCAGCCCCCUGGGCUAUGGCUAUGUUAACUUCCGCUUUCCUGCAGAUGCUGAGUGGGCCCUGAAUACCAUGAAUUUUGAUUUGAUUAAUGGCAAACCUUUCCGCCUCAUGUGGUCUCAGCCAGAUGACCGCUUAAGAAAGUCUGGAGUUGGAAAUAUAUUCAUCAAAAACCUGGAUAAAUCCAUAGACAAUAGGGCCCUUUUUUAUUUAUUUUCUGCUUUUGGGAACAUUCUCUCAUGCAAAGUCGUAUGUGAUGACAAUGGCUCUAAGGGUUAUGCCUAUGUGCACUUUGACAGCCUGGCCGCUGCCAAUAGAGCCAUCUGGCACAUGAAUGGAGUGCGGCUUAAUAACCGCCAGGUGUAUGUUGGCAGAUUCAAAUUCCCAGAAGAGCGGGCAGCUGAAGUCAGAACCAGGGAUAGAGCAACUUUCACCAAUGUUUUUGUUAAAAACUUUGGAGAUGACAUGGAUGACGAAAAACUGAAGGAAAUCUUUAGUGGAUAUGGGCCAACUGAGAGUGUUAAGGUAAUAAGAGAUGCCAGUGGGAAAUCUAAGGGCUUUGGAUUUGUGAGGUAUGAGACACACGAGGCUGCCCAAAAAGCUGUAUUAGACCUGCAUGGAAAAUCCAUCAAUGGGAAAGUUCUAUAUGUAGGGCGAGCACAGAAGAAAAUUGAACGAUUGGCUGAGUUAAGACGAAGAUUUGAACGGCUGAGAUUAAAAGAAAAAAGUCGGCCUCCGGGGGUGCCUAUCUAUAUUAAGAACCUGGAUGAGACCAUCGAUGAUGAAAAACUGAAGGAGGAAUUUUCUUCCUUUGGAUCAAUUAGCCGGGCCAAAGUGAUGGUGGAAGUAGGGCAAGGCAAAGGGUUUGGUGUUGUCUGCUUCUCCUCUUUUGAAGAUGCUACCAAAGCAGUGGAUGAGAUGAAUGGUCGCACAGUGGGCUCCAAGCCCCUGCAUGUUACCCUGGGCCAGGCCAGGCGCAGGUGUUGAGAAUAAGAAUGCUCAAUUUGUUUCAGCCUUAAGCUGGUGCCUACUUAGUUUGGGCUACUUUGUGAUAAGAGGUUAUUUUAUUCCAGGUUAUUUUUUUUAAGUGAAUACUUUCUUUUGAAAAAAAAAAAAGUAAAACUAGAAAACCUUGUUCAUUUUAGUGAAGAACAUAAUUUCUAAUUGUAAAACUGUCAUUUUAUACUAUUUUUUGAUAAAAUAUCCUUAGAAAUAUGUAGAAUAAAAUUCAUCCCUCCACAUACUGUUUUUUUUUUCCUAAACCAGUCCAGGUAAGGUAAUUGGUUGAACAUAGGUUCCUUCCUUAUUCCAGUUAUAAUACUAAAUGUAAUUGCUUCUGUGAAAAUAUUCUCAGAAUGGACAUUAUUUCUGAAUCUAUCGCACAUAAAACUUUUACUUGCUUUUUGAAAAAUCAGUAGAGCAGGGGAAAAUGUAUGUGAUCCACUUAACAUUUGUGCAUAAUUUUACCUUAUUAUUUAAAGUGAAUGUUAUUUUAAAGAGAUGUGAGUUUCUUUAUACUUUUUUUUCCCUUUUCUAAUAUAUUGUGGGCAUACCACAGAGUUGGCAGUGGCUUUGACUAAGUGUUGGGAGUUUUCUUUAACUUCAUGCCCAGAGAAAUAAUCAUAUUGGUGUUUUCUCAAUCAAUACCUUAGGAAACUAACACUUUAAGCAUUAUUAAAAUGAGUUUCAUCUUAAAAAUCUGAGAGAUUUAAUAUAUGAGGACAGUCUAAGGAGCAUUCUUGCCACUCAUUUUUUUUAAACUAGUAGUAUAGAUGGGUCAUGUUAAAAUAAUGAAAAAGAUGAAUAACUGCACUGAAUUGCCUUUACCUGUAGAUAAUUUUAAAAUUUUACCUCCGCCUCUAUAAAGUGUCAAUAUAAGGAUAAAUAAUCCAUGCAGUGAUGUUGAAAAACUACAUUGAAGAAUAUCUUCAAUAUUAAACUUGUCAUUAUCUCUUGUAAAUUUUUUAAUACAUCCUUGUGGUAAUAUUCACAUAUGUAUCAAAAGUAAGGAAAAGCUUGUCUCUCUUGAUUAAAUCAUAUGCCUCCAUCUAUUAUAUGAGAGCUAUUAAUCCAGUAUGGUUCUCUUUAUGUCUGGCUGCUUGGAAUUUGUGACAAAAUGUUCUGUUCUAUAAUGCAGUUACAUUAUUUAGCCUGUAAUUUCUAAUUUCUCGAUUACAGAUUUUCCAUAUUUUACUUUUAGUCCCCUCUUUUCCUCACCCAUUUACCUUCCAUCCAUAUUAUACUUUUAUGUUUUCUUUAGAUUGCCUUUCAUUUAAUAUGUGGGUGUUCAAACCCAUUUUGGAAGUAGAGAAAUUAUUACUUAAUUUAUGUAAAACUUAAAUAAUUACUUUUUUAAAAAUAGGAUUCACUCAUAUCACAGAUCCAACCAUAAGAAGAUGUUUUGUCUCUAUUCUUAAUUGGCUUUUAUUAUGUUAUAUAGAAAUCUUAGGUUACAUAUAUAAUAUAAAUAUAUAAUUUUGUUAACAAUUUUGUUAGCUAUGUGCCCAUAAAAUAAUGGGAAAAAUCUCUUUCUGUGUAAUUGUUUAUCUACAAAUUACAUUUAUAUUCAUUAUCAAGUAUUUUCAAAUGGAAAUCACUGUUUUUGUUGAUCAUAUACAUAAUACAUGCUCAUUUAAAAAUGUACACAAUGCAGACAUUUAUAAAGAAGUAAAAUUUCCACAGGUCAGAGAUAACCACUAUUAGUGUUUUCAAUGCAUACAUAUACUUCCAUGCCUUUUCUCCUAUGUAUACACACAAUAUUUUACAAACAAACAAAAAACCUACUAUAUGUACUGUGUUUUGUUAAAUUUUAAACUAAAACAUAAUCUUUUUAUGUCAGUAAAUAUCUUUCUGUAUCAUCAUUUUAGUGACUGCACAGUAUUCCAUUAUAUGGAUGUACUAUAGAUUAUCUAAGUAGCACAUUAUUGAAUAAGAUUUAUGUUUUUCAGUGUUUUCUACAUCUAUAAACAAUGUUGUGAUUAACUUGCUUAAAACAGUAUGAGUUAUAUGAGCUUGAGAAGAAGUAUCUAUAGCAUAUAAAAGCUUAAGUCUGCUAGAAAAAUUAAAAUGCACAUUAUAUUGAUAUAUGUAUCAAAAUUCUGAAAAAACAUUCAACAUAUAUUCUUAAAUUGACAAAAGUAAAACUAAAAACUAAUGGGAUAUCAUUUUUCAUAUUUUCUGAGCCCACUUGCUUUAUACCCUUGUGAUCAUUAAAAUAUAUGAAAACAGUGCAAACAAAUAAAUUUAAAAUAGUUACUUUGGUAAUUAUUUACCAUACGUACUCUCUACUCCUUUUUACCCAUUACCAGUUUUUAUUUAAAUUUAUAAUCUUGAAGUGUUAGUGUUAACUUAAAACCUUGACGAAUGCUUUGAUUCAGUAUAAAUCACGGAAGAUUUCUAGUAGGUAAAAAUCUUCAAGUAUAAGCAUUUAACACAUUUUGGGAAAUUAUUCAAGUAUUUAAAUAAUAGUAAAUAAUUACUAUUUUCAAGAAGUCAGCCAGUAUAAAUAAAGGACUAAUUAAAAUAUGUCCAUGGACAGUUAAAACAUAUGUUAGAACACUGCAAAAUAGUCAAAAACUCUAAAUUUAGUUGGUAAAAAGGGGGAAAAGAUAAAGGAAAGAUAAUCUCUAUUUGAACACAAACACCUGGGUAGUUUUCCAAUCUUGUACUUUUCAUUUUUAACUACAUUUAAUAGACUAAUAAUUAAGGCUUUGAAGGGGGAGCAAAACAACUGAACAGCUUAAAUUGUGAAAAGGCAUUAAAAACAUUUCCUAGCACAAGAUAAUUAGUAAAAAUUAGUAAAACAGUACUAUUAAUUGUCAUGGUAAACUUAAGAAUGGACUGCUUAACAGAAGUUUUGUUUGUUUUUGUUUUGUUUUGUUUUGUUUUAGCUUUUUAAAAAAGUCAAUGUAAAAACUUCAAAUGUACCCAGGGAGAAGAAAAUUAAGAACAUUGCUUUGUGGGGUGCCUGGGUGGCACAGUAAGGUUGAGUGCCCAACUCUUGGUUUCAGCUCAGGUCCUGAUCUUAGGAUCCUGGGAUAGAGCCCUGCCUUGG